UCAGUCGCUGAUCAGUCUACUGGUAGUAGCGGAACUCAUUAGUCCCUUUUCAGUUUCGCUUUUCUUUUUCAACGUCAAGAACUACUCACGAUAAUUUUAAUAUCUUUAUUUCGCACGUAGCGGUAUUGUUGUGCUACGUGUGGAGAUUUUUUUAGAUUAAUCGACCGUUGCAGAGAAUCGACGGAUCAGAGGAGGUUUAGCCGCAGUUGACAGGUGUCCCGUCAGUCGGCUCUCCACAGUGAUGCCUGCUGUCCAGAAAACUGUGUCGGACCUCCGCUCUAGAGUGGAAGGCUAUGAGAAGACAGAAGACACUUCAGAAAAAACAUCUUUAGCAGACCAAGAAGACAGGAGAUUGAUAUUUAUUAACCAACCCCAGUUAACUAAAUUCUGCAGCAAUCAUGUCAGCACUGCAAAGUACAAUGUUCUUACAUUCCUGCCAAGGUUCCUGUAUUCGCAAUUCAGAAGGGCAGCAAACGCUUUUUUCCUUUUCAUUGCACUCCUCCAGCAAAUUCCAGAUGUUUCACCAACGGGUCGCUAUACCACCUUGGUGCCCCUACUCUUCAUCCUUCUUGUUGCAGCUGUGAAAGAGAUAAUAGAAGACUUGAAACGUCACAAAGCUGAUAAUAUGUUGAACAAGAAACAAACCCAAGUGUUAAGAAAUGGUGCUUGGGAGAUCGUCUUCUGGGAGAAGGUAGAAGUUGGAGAUAUAGUUAACAUAAAUGGCAAAGAGUUCAUACCUGCUGAUACAAUACUUCUGUCAUCAAGUGAACCUCAAGCAAUGUGCUACAUCGAAACAUCCAACUUGGAUGGAGAAACAAACCUUAAAAUUCGACAAGGCUUGCAGAUCACAACAGAAAUAAGAGACAUUGACAGUUUAACACGGCUCUCUGGUCGCAUGGAAUGUGAAAAUCCAAAUCGGCAUCUGUAUGAUUUUGUUGGAAAUAUAGGACUUGAAGGUCACAGCACUGUACCCCUGGGUCCAGAUCAGAUUCUUCUGCGGGGAGCCCAGCUGAGAAAUACCCAGUGGGUUCAUGGGAUUGUUGUCUACACAGGGCAUGAUACAAAACUGAUGCAGAAUUCCACAAGUCCUCCCUUGAAGCUGUCAAAUGUGGAAAGAAUCACAAAUAUUCAAAUUCUUGUCCUGUUUGGUUGUCUGCUCGCCAUAUCCCUCAUCUGCUCAAUUGGACAAAGUAUCUGGAAGGCAAAACAUGACAACACCACCUGGUACAUGGAUUUAAACUAUGGAGGUGCUUCUAACUUCGGAUUAAAUUUCCUGACUUUCAUCAUUCUCUUCAAUAACCUCAUUCCAAUAAGUCUCUUGGUUACCCUGGAGGUCAUUAAGUUUGUCCAAGCAUACUUCAUAAAUUGGGAUGUUGACAUGCAUUAUGAGGUCACAAACACUCCUGCCAUGGCACGUACCUCCAAUCUCAAUGAAGAACUCGGGCAGGUCAAAUAUAUAUUUUCAGACAAAACUGGGACUUUGACUUGCAAUGUGAUGCAAUUCAAGAAAUGCACAAUAGCUGGAGUUGCCUAUGGUCACUCUCCUGAGCCUGAGGAAUAUAGUUACACAGAUGAUGACUGUCACAGUGCACAGUCUCUUGAUGAAAUGGGAUUUAAUGACCAAAGCUUACUGGAAAACCUCCAGAGUAACCAUCCAACAGCACCAGUAAUUUUGGAAUUUAUGACCAUGAUGGCAGUAUGCCACACAGUUGUUCCUGAGAAGACUGAGGAUAAGAUUAUUUACCAGGCUGCAUCACCAGAUGAAGGUGCCUUAGUACGGGCAGCAAAAACUCUUGGUUUUGUGUUUUCUGCAAGGACCCCAGACUCCGUGAUAAUAGAAAUUAGUGGACAAGAAGAAAAAUACGAACUGCUGAAUGUACUGGAAUUCACAAGCAAUAGGAAAAGGAUGUCUGUUAUUGUACGCACACCUUCAGGAAACAUAAGGCUAUACUGCAAAGGAGCUGAUACAGUGAUUUACGACCGUCUUGCUGACAAUUCCAGAUAUAAGGUUAUUACCUUAAAGCAUUUGAAGCAGUUUGCUACUGAAGGGUUAAGAACACUGUGCUAUGCAGUUGCUGACAUAUCAGAAUCUUCAUACCAGGAAUGGAUUAAGUUGUACCAUCGAGCAUCUACCGCACUUCAAAACCGAGUUCUGAAACUUGAAGAAAGUUACGAGCUUAUUGAAAAGAAUUUGCAGCUACUGGGAGCAACAGCCAUUGAAGAUAAACUCCAGGACAAAGUCCCAGAAACCAUUGAGACUCUGAUGAAAGCUGACAUCAAAAUCUGGAUACUAACAGGAGACAAGCAGGAAACUGCAAUAAAUAUAGGACAUUCCUGCAAACUAUUGAGAAAGAACAUGGGUUUGAUUGUGAUCAAUGAAGACACACUGGAUGGCACAAGGGAGUCUCUAAGUCAUCACUGUAGUAUGCUUGGAGAUGCUUUACGAAAGGAGAAUGAUUUUGCUCUCAUCAUUGAUGGAAAAUCUCUGAAAUAUGCCUUAACAUUUGGAAUCAGGCAGUAUUUUCUGGACCUUGCUUUGUCUUGUAAAGCUGUGAUCUGCUGCAGAGUUUCUCCACUGCAAAAAUCAGAAGUGGUAGAAAUGGUGAAGAAGCAGGUGAAGGUGAUUACUCUAGCCAUUGGUGAUGGAGCCAAUGAUGUUGGCAUGAUCCAGACUGCCCAUGUGGGUGUUGGCAUCAGUGGCAAUGAAGGGCUUCAGGCUGCCAAUUCUUCAGAUUACUCUAUAGCUCAGUUCAAGUAUUUGAAGAACCUCCUGCUUGUUCAUGGUGCAUGGAACUAUAAUAGAGUGGCCAAAUGCAUUCUCUACUGUUUUUACAAAAAUAUUGUCUUGUACAUAAUUGAGAUCUGGUUUGCCUUUGUAAAUGGUUUCUCAGGCCAAAUUCUUUUUGAGAGGUGGUGUAUUGGACUAUACAAUGUGAUUUUUACUGCUCUCCCUCCCCUAACUCUUGGAAUAUUUGAGAGGUCUUGCCGUAAAGAAAAUAUGCUCAAGUACCCCGAAUUGUACAAGACGUCUCAGAAUGCAAUGGGCUUCAAUACUAAGGUUUUCUGGGCUCAUUGUCUGAAUGGCCUCUUCCACUCAGUUAUUCUGUUUUGGUUUCCACUGAAAGCUUACCAGCAUGAUACCGUGUUUGGAAAUGGAAAAACUACGGACUACCUGCUUUUAGGAAACAUGGUUUAUACAUUUGUGGUCAUCACAGUUUGUCUAAAAGCUGGGCUUGAGACAUCAUCAUGGACAAGGUUUAGCCACAUAGCCAUCUGGGGAAGUAUCGGCAUGUGGGUGGUUUUCUUUGGGAUUUACUCCUCUCUGUGGCCUGUGAUCCCUCUGGCACCAGACAUAUCUGGAGAGGCUGACAUGCUGUUUACCUCUGGAGUGUUUUGGAUGGGCCUUUUCUUUAUCCCUGUGACGUCUCUGUUAUUUGAUGUCACAUACAAAGUAAUGAAAAGAACUUGUUUUAAGACGCUGGUUGAUGAAGUACAAGAACUGGAGGCCAAAUCGCAGGACCCCGGAGCUUUAGUCCACGGGAAAAGCCUAACAGAGAGAGCACAACUCCUCAAGAAUGUUUUUAAAAAGAGUACUAUCAACCUAUACCAUUCAGAAUCCAUGCAGCACAACCUGCUACAUGGUUAUGCUUUCUCUCAGGAUGAGAAUGGAAUAAUCUCCCAGUCAGAAGUCAUAAGAGCAUAUGAUACCACUAAGCAAAGAUCAGAGGACUGGUGAAGCACUUUCUUCAGAGCUAAUUGAAUACACCUGCAAGCAGACACAGUACACUCGCAGGUUUUCUACAUAAAAAAGUGGUCGAUACUGUAGUUAUUAAGCAGACAUAUGCACUGUGCUUGCAUUCUACAAAGGUUUGUUGGAAAUUCACAAUAAUCAUUCACUAAGGCUUAAUGUACCAUUAAUGUUGGAUCAGUUGGAGACUGCUCCUACUUUACAGUGUCUUAAAAAGUCAUGAUGUUGUCACUAUUUACUAAUUACAAUUCUGAUCAGGUAAUGGCACAUAAGGGUGUAUGUUUAUUGGAACAUAAACUAUUAAAUAAUAAAAUAUUAUGGUUUGCCAUAUUGCUCAUGCAAUUCCAGAAAUCUAGUCUGCCGAAGAAAACGGAUAUUACCAAUCAAAUUCUAAUGAAGUUUCAGCUAUAGACAAAAACAUAGGGAAUUUUGAGGUCCUGUACUGAAGAUUCCUUGCUUUUCACACUCAAGAAAGAAAACCUAGAUUCAAUGAACCUAUCGUUGCUCAUGCUUUCAAACCUGUAAGUUUACAUUUUUUUAUCACUGGCCAUAUGUGGGCACUUCUCUCUGCUGUUGUUUGUAUUUAUUUUGAUCAUUUUUUUGUGUUUUUUUUAGAUUUAUUGUCAAUGUCCCUGCCUCAAGUUGUUGUUAUGAUAGCAAAUGUUUACUUUAAAAAAUACUUUAAAAGGUGUUUAAAUUUCUACCAUUUUAUGUAACUUCUUGCUUAAAACUAAUUCAUUGGAUUCCAUGUUUUUGUAACUGCAGUAAUUCUCACAAUUGUGCCUAAUCUAAUUCAUAUUUUCCCCCAACACAAAGUAUUAAACAUGUUUGUGCUAAUUUAAGAUGUUAGUAAAGAUUAAAUUGUAUCUUUGAAUAAGUUACACCUCUAUGUGUUGAUUGACAGUAUUUCCCUAGUUGUGUACAAUAAAGUAUUUACUACAGGUGAAUUACAUAAAAUAACGAUGUCACUAGCAGAUGGUGUUCACAAAGCUAUGAUUUGGGUUAAUUAAAAAGGCAUGUACUAAAAUCAUUAUUUUUAUAUACGUUGGCCACCUUUUACUUUUUAAGAAAAAGCCUAAAAUAAGAAGUUUGUCCCUUGAAACGCAAGUGCCAUUAGCUUGAGGAAAACUAUCCAAAAAUCUGCAGUAUAGUACUGUCUUGAUACAAUGAUUUUGUUUACUCAUAUUUUGUAUUAAAUAGAACCUUAUAUUUGCAUGCUUUGUAGUAGUUAUUGUCUUUUUUUCUCUUGAGUCUGUUAAUAUUUUAAUCUCAUUAUGAUUAUCAUGUCAGAAUGGUGGACAUUUAUGCUUUUUUUCUUUUUGGUUAACUUUGUCUGUGACUUUGUUCCUCUCUCUCCCCAUGGGAGACCAGUUACUUGAAUGUGCGAUUGUUUAUAUGCGUGUGCGUUUGUCUCUGUGUAUGUAAUUGUCUUUAUAGCAGUUUUAUCUGCAUGAUUUCAGUUGUUCUGUUUUCUGCUAAUGCAUGGCCACUGUUGAUAAACUUACUGUGUCCAUAGUGCAUUUUCAAACCCACUAAUAUAUAACUGGCUUUAGUAAUGAAACAGCUUGGAAGGAUGUUUUGUAAAGCAUUCUUUACCUUUUCACUCAAAUAUUAGAUGUUAUUAUUAUUUGUAAAUUUAUAUGUGUUCAAUGUGUCAGUGUUCAAUGGUCAAAACAUGUUUUAACUUUCUUUUGAACUUGUAUAACAGGGUAAAAUAUUUAAGCAAAUUUUGAACUUUGUUAUUCAAACAAAAGGGAAAUUUGACUAAGAACUGAUGAUAUUGGGUAAAAAAUUGUUUUUAUGUGUUUUACUUGUACUUGUUUUUUUUUUUUUGCUUUUACUUUGUUUCUACUCAUCUGCUAUUCCCACUUGUAUUUUUUAGAUAUUUUAUAUGUUGCUACAUAGGACAUUUUGAUGCAAAGGUAAAGCAUGAGCACAGAAUUGAUGUCUUAAAAGACCAUUUGUUGUCACUAUAUAAUGUGCUUUAUGUGAAAGAUGGUUGUUGCAUGAAUGGUCAGUUUCAAACUCAGUGUUUUAGGUGCUUAGUUUCUCCCUCAAAGUGUCACAUCAAAUUUGCACUUUUAAUCAGGUUAUGUAUUUUCAGUAAUUGUCCUAUUAUUUGUCUCAAUGUUUACUGAUUUUACUUUUUACGAUUCUGCAUGUAACAACUGUGAUUUUUAAAUGUUCUGUCUUACUGUCAUAAACAAAUAUUGAAAUAAACUUAAC